ACGCGAACUGUUGUGGCAUCGCCACCGUCGCGUCUCACCAACAAUCUCUCAUUCUCCUCGCGUAACCAUCAUUGGCUCAGCAAGAAGAGAACCACCGCCAGCUUUGGGUGUCAUCAGGGGGGACUCAUUCUUGUGGUGUUCGGAACUGACGGAUGUGACCACCAGUGCUGGAGGCAACACCGUCGACAUUCACCAUGAAGCCCGUCAUCGUGCUGCUCUGCGCAGCCGCUGCGCUAGCAGGUCCUGUAGAGCGCAGCAAAACCUGCUCAAGGCAUUGCACUGACGGCCGCAAAUUUUCCUACCAACCGGGCACGACCUACGUUUACGACUAUGCGUCUACGACCGAGACAGCAGUGCAAGGCACCACUUCUCAGAAGGUGGCCGUUCACAUAAAUGGCCAGGUCGAAAUCGAACCACUUGGAUCGUGCGACUUCUUGCUACAGGUGCGGGGCACCACCCUGGAGGAAGAAGACCCCGCGCGGCCUGGACAGCGGAGACCGUCGCCGAACUUGGCAGAACUGAGGGAUGUCCUGGAGCGCUACCCACUGCGCUUCUCGUACCAGGACGGGCGCGUGGACAACCUCUGUCCCGCGCAGGGCGAGACACCGCGGGCUCUGAACAUCAAGAAGGCCAUCCUGUCACUGCUCCAGAACAGCAUGAAGGAGCUGGAAGUCAGCGAAGACGUGACCGAGCUGGACAUCGCUGGCAGGUGUCCCACGAUCUACGAGACGCUACCCAAAGGCUGGUCCUCGAUGAGCGUUCGCCGUAUCAAGGACUUGUCUCAGUGCAAAGACCGCGAGAGCGCCAUCACUGCGCUGCAGGCAUCGUCAUUGGAACACAACCUGAGAUCUGCGCCUGUGGUCAAGGGCCGCCAGGAGUGCAAGCAGGUCUUCCAGAACGGCCUCGUCGACAGCGUUGAGUGCAAGGAGUCGCACGUGGUGCGCCCGUUCUCCAAGAGCGAGAACGGCGCUCGCACUGACGUCACGCAGAGGCUCAACCUACGCAGCCAGCGGAGGGCACAAGGACGACGCUCAGCGUACGCUUCGGAAACCGAAACUGACCUUUUGUUCGACCAUGACUACGACGUCGAAGAGUCUUCUAGUUCGCUGCAGCGUGCCGAGAAUGCACUGCGAGCCAUCGCCGACUCAGCAGCAGACGCUGUCCAGUCUUCCACUCCGGGACUGUUCACUGAACUUGUGUUCAGCCUGCGCAAACUCAGCACUGCUGACUUGGAAGCCCUGUUUCGCAGAGCAGAAAGCAUGUCCCCCAAAGCCAAGAAAUUUUUCGCGGACUCCCUGCCAUCUGCCGGAAGUCCUGCCGCCAUCCGCAUGAUGACCAACGCCAUGAUCUCGGGACAGGUCGCCGGAAUCGACGCCGACGUUUGGCUCACAUCUCUGGCGUUCGUGUCCAAGCCUACGUCGGAAAUGAUCGAGCACGCACUGCCUCUGCUGAAGAUGGAGCGAUCGCAAGCCUACCUCGGAGUGUCGACAAUGGCGUACACCUAUUGCCGCAACAACGCCAACUGCGGCUCAGACCGGUCCAUCAAGGAGCUCGUCCGCGCUUUGUACCUGACCCUCGGCGAGAACUGCUACGCUCGCGACGACCACACGACGCUGAUGGUGCUGAAGGCUCUGGGUAAUCUGGGUCAGUCCGAGGGUGCAGAGGAGAUUCUCUACCGCUGUUUCCAGAACCCGCAGCUCGACAUUGAGAUUCGACUGGCCGCCGUGCAGGCGUUCCGCCGCUUCGACUGCGACAUACCGCGCAACCAAAUGCUGAGCAUCUACCAGAACGUGCACGAGAACGUCGAGCUGAGGAUUGCCAGCUACUUGGCCGCCAUUCGCUGCCCGAGUAGCCCCGUCAUCGACGCCGUCAAGGAGACCCUCCGCACGGAAUCCAUCAAGCAAGUCGGAUCGUUCGUCUACUCCCACAUUCGCAACCUGGCCCGCGAACCGACUGCCUACCAGGCUGAGUACCGGGUCAUUGCCAAUGACCUCUCGCUGAGGAAGCGCUUCCAGCUGGACUUCCGCAAGUUCUCGCGCAACGUCCACUACCGAAUGUUCUUUGACCCGCUGGACACGGGCUUCGAGCUGGACGGCGACGUGGUCUACACGCCGGACUCCUACUACCCGCGGAGUGCCCGCGUCUCCACUUCGUUCGACAUCUUCGGCAAGAAAGUUGAUCUCUUCGAAGCUGGAGCCCGUGCCGUGCACCUGGAAAAGCUCAUCGAGCAGUGGAUGCCGAGCGACAAGAGCGAGGCUCGUGGAAAGAGGACCAUCACUGACAACAAUAUCGACGACCUAGACCGAAGGUUCGCCAUCAAGUCCAAGUACAGCGGCAAGCCAAAGGCCUCCGCGUACGUCAAAUUCUUCGGCAACGAGAUAGCUUCACUGCAGUUGGCCGCAGCCGGCACAGCGAGCCCCUAUUCCGACCUCAUGCUUUGGCUCUCACGCCUGUCCGAUCCCAAAGGCGUCGAUCUGAGCAAGAGCGUCCUCUUUGCUGAUUCUACUCUCACGGUUCCUGCCAGCAGUGGUCUUCCGCUUCGGGUCUCGGUGAACGGCUCAGCUACCGUCGCGCUCAAGGUUGGCGGAAACUCGCAGUUCCGCAAGGGAUCCAUCGACAUCACCGGACUCAUAAAGCCCAGCGGUGCCGUUCAGCUGGCCAUGCUCAUGAGCGUGGAUGCGCACAAGUCCACCUCUGGAGUUCGUAUGGUAGCCACCAUGUCCUCCUCCUGGUCUGUGGAUGGCUCCCUGCAGAUGCAGCAGGGCCAGGCCAUCAAGGCCAGGCUCAACAUGCCGGAGAAGAAGAUGGAGCUUAUUGACGUCAAGAGCAAGAUAUUCCUGGUGAACGGCGCCUCGGAGCUGGAGCACCGCAACGAGCCGCAGAAGAAGCUGGAAACGGAGGCGUGCACGGGAGCCGUCCUGGAGCGCACGUUGGGCGUCAGGCUGUGUGGUCGCGCCGAAUUCCCGGUGUCGAGCCAGACGUACCGUUCCCCCAUGUACCCGUUCAGCGGCAACGCCGAGCUCAGCCUGAAUCUCAUCAAGGCUGACCCGACCCUGACGGCUUACGAAUUCGAGUCUAGCUGGACGAACACCAAGGACCUGGUGGGUGCAGUGCUCAGCAUCAACACUCCGGGAACAAAGACGGAUCGCGAGAUCACGGCAUCGUUGCAACACAACCUGCGGGAUGGAAGUGUCGCGCUCAAGAUGAAGGCGCCGUCAAAGAAACUCGCUAUUGAAGGACGAUACAAUUUCGACGAGAAACUGAAGAAGUUGAACCUGCAAGCCCAGGCUGACGAUGAGGCUUUCUUUCAACUCAUCACUGAGCUGAAGGCAGAUGCUUCCUCGGGUCAGGACGGAAUGAACAAGUACACGCACGUGACCGACGUCACUUACCGUGGCGAAAAGAUCGUGCUCAUCAACGGCCAGUGGGCCGCCAUCCAGGGACGCAAGUACAGCGGCAGCGUGAGCCUCGAAAAACUCACCCAGCAGCCGGUCGAAAUGAAAAUGGACCUGGACCUGACGGACAAGCGUCGAGUGCGCUACGAAGGCUCCAUCCGCUCGUUCUUCGUCAACGGCGCCGUCAACGGCUACACUCAGACGGGAGACAACUGGUCGACCAAGGCUGACGGAGAGUUCAGCAUGAUGGGCGGUCGCGUGGAGAAGGUCGGCUUGACGGCCAAGUUCCGCGACCUGUCGUCGGGCUCGCUGGCCAAGUACAGCGGUGCGGCCUCCUUCCAGAACACCUUCCACCCGGCGCUCAACACGGAGCUCCUGUGGGACUGCCAGAAGACUGACGGGCAGCUCGAGAACUCGCUUCAGAUCCUGCGCGGCGAGGGCGGAAAGAAGAGCGGCAACACCAUCAAGCUCCAGCAGAUUGCGCGCUACACCGGAACCCUGGCAAACAACAACGCAGGUCUUUCGCUAAAGCUUACGUACCCGCAGAAGCGCAUUGACUGGCAACUGGAGAUGAAGCAUGAAAACAAGCCAAGUAGCCUCCUUAAUCGCAUGCAAAUAACGUACGCUCCCUCAAGGCAGAUCAGCACCGUCAUUGACAUUUCGAAUUCCCCUGAUACCAAGGCUGACCUCCAACUCAGCUACCCGGGUCGUGAAAUGAGGAUGGGUGCCAACUACCACCGCAGCAAUUCCGAUGAGCAUCGUGGUGACGCCUUUGUGCAAUGGAACCGAGAUAAGAAGAUCGAGGCAUCGGGAACCUUCAAGCCUGGCUAUGAGAGACGCCAGUACAACCCCAGCUUUGAGGCCGAAAUACGAAUUCCAAACAAGCGUCCGGUCACCGUCAGCGGAUCACUAACGAUGUCCAGGGGACGCUACAACGUCAAAGCUGCGUCGCAGUGCAGUCGUGGGAAGUACGAAUUGGACGGUACCUAUCGCUUCCCCAGUGCAUACAGUCACAACGUUGAGCUUAGUGUGAACACGCCUCAGGACCGUUACUCGGCAACCGGACGCCUCAAUGCCGCCUCGGAAAAAAUUACCGCUGAUUUCAAUAUGAAGCUCGGGCACUAUCGUGAGGUAGUGGCCAACGCUGAACUGGCAGCAUCAAGAAUGAGUAAGUCAUUCAACGUCGAAUGCAAAUGGGAUGCCACCCGCGACGCGUCGAGGCGCGCCAGCGUCAAAGCCGAGGUAACCCGGGUUCCGGGUGGUUACAACGCUAACUUCGCUGUCAAGUGCCCAAAACAAGACAUCCGGGGAAGCGUCGCCACAACGAUCGAAGGAACGGCAGACUCUAGUGCGGCGCUUCGUGUGAACAGUCGCGGAGAACUAGAAUGGAUGCCCCGGAAGAAGAUCACUUACGCUACCAGCCUGGACUGGAACCCAGACUACAGGCGACGAGCUCUUAAAGCUGACGCUCAGAUUACUACACCGUUCUACGCCAUCGAUAAAAUUGGUUUCCUCCUGACGCACAAUGACGACGGCCGAGAGUGGAACUCGGAAGCCAAGAUGACGCUGCCAAGAAACCGCAUUAUCGCCCUUUCCACAGACGGUCUCUUCCAGUCAGAUCGCGUCCGUAGAAACGCGCAAAUGACAGUGAAACUUCAGACGCCUUACAAUAGCAAGUACAGCUUGGAAGCUGCACAUGGAGCGACCUACUAUGACACCAACAACAAGAUUUCUCUGCGCUGGGCCGAAGACAAGGUUCUUUCCGCUGAAGUUAGUGGCGCCUACGGACGUGGAUUCCUGAAGGCGAAGGCUGAGGCCUUGACUCCCGUAGCAGGGUAUGAGAAGCUGACCGCUUCGCUCGAGCAUAUACACACGCCAGAAAGCAUCAAGUGCCAGGCCGUCGCACAGUGGAGCAGCUACAAGAGAAUUACUCUUGACAUCGAUGGGCAGGUGAACAGGAAUGGCGAAAAAGGUACCUUUGAUGGCAAGCUGCGCAUAGCCACGCCGUUCAAGGGUGCGGAGCAAUUGUCGUCGCAACUCAGCUUCAGCAAUGACGCACGCAAGACCAUUGCCGACUUCGAGGCUACCAGCAACAGAGACAAGAUUGCCGGUGGAUUCAUGAUGUCUCUGAUGAAGUCACGCUAUGACGAAGCCCGUGAAAUCAAAAUACAUCUUACAAGUCCAGUGUAUGGAUACGAAAACCUUGAAGCAAGCGGAUCGUACUCAGCCAACCAAGAAAAGUUUAACAUAGUCUUCGCGGCACGACUCCCGUACAGUAAGAAAGUGUCCGUGCGAAGCGAAGGGAGAAUUGCAUCCAUCCGCGACUUCGCAUCCCUUCUCCACAUCCAGCUUCCGGUGCACAACUACGAGCGAAUUAACAUUGAGCUUUCCCACGCUGCCACAAAUCGUAAUAUUAAGUCCACCGGUCACAUGGCCAUUGGACCUAAGAAGUUCACCUUGGAAGCGAACGGCGAUUACGCAUUUGGUCGAGGAAGCCACGAGAUUACGGGUCAAAUGCUGAUCACAACGCCAAUUAGAGACUACCAGCAGAUAACGAUUGACUUGAAGCAGACGAGGUCGGGUCUCAACUACGACACAAGCUUCCAAUGUACAUCGAGCAGCUCAUCACUUACCAUGAGUCACCACUUGAUGAUUCGAGACAUUAGUAACUUUGAGCAGAGCCUUGAGGUGUCCACGCCGUUCAGUUUCCUGCCAAUGCUAAACAUCAGGAACAAGCACCGUAUCCAAAGAAGUACAGCUUACCACAGCAGCGAAAUGGAAUGGCAAAACCGUAAGAGGUUGUCACUAACUAUCGACGCUUCUGCCUCACAGUCUAACUACGCCAAUGAAGCGGUGGCAAAAAUUGAACUCUCUUCGCCAUGGCGUACCCUUGGAAGUGCUAGCGUUAAUGCGAAGUACAGUUCUAACAGCCAAGAAAUCGCACCUAAGCUAAACGUGGAAUGGAACCGAAACAACCACAUUUCAGUUGAGGGUACAUUCAGAACACGUGGCUACCUUACCGCCGAAGGAAACCUUGCACUCUCUAGCACCAUCAGGUCGCUCCAAGCUAUAGCGCUCAGCACAAAAUAUGACAUCGCCAACGAGCAGAAGUCUGGUGAACUUUCCGUAAAAUGGGGUGCACGUCCCGAAAACAUCAUCUCUCUCACAGCCACGGGUUCGCGCAGGCCACGCAGUGCAGACAUCGAUCUUUCUCUUACGAGUCCCAUUCGCGGUUAUGAGCGCAUUCAGUUGACAGGAAACAUGGCGGCUAACAAGCGUGUAAUAAACGGGAUGUGGUCACUAGCAUCACAGCGGAAAAAGUACGAACUAGCCGUUGAACUCAAGAACACGCCCUUCGGCUCCGCCAUUCAAAUAACAAUGAGCGCACCUCUCCGUGGUCUCGAAAGACAAAAGCUUUAUGGUGAAUAUAACCUUCACUCCAACAAAAUCACUUCCAAGUUGAGCGCAGAAUGGCAAGGAAAGUCAAUUAACGCCGAGUCGGAAGUGUCACGAACUGAACGGGAAACAAAGGCAAGUGUAAUCGUCAAAACCCCCUUCCAGGCCGUAAGGAACAUUCAUGUGAGCCUUAGUGGAAGCUCUCUGCCCAACCUCAAGACUAUUUCUGGUACAGUUCAAGUAGACAACAAGAAGUUUGAACUUAAUGGUCUGCUGGAUGCCCCAAGUCGUUCGGUAAAGCUCGAGUUCCGAAGCCCUAUUGAAAGAAUGGAAUUUCUUGAGUUUAACAGCAACCUGCAACAAGACAGCCGAAAUAUGAAUGGAAAUAUAUCAUUCCGUUGGUCUCCAAAUCGCAUCAUCGCACUAAAAACAGAAUGGGUGGCGCCAUUGUCAUACAAUGUCGUUCUGACGACUCCUUUCGAAGGAUACCGUCAGUUAAGCCUAAACACUUUCGUUGAUCUUACGCAAGAGAACAAGAGAGCAAAUAUUGUGCUGGAAAAAGGGAACCAAAAGAUAUCUUUGACAGGAUCCGCUAUUUACAAUGAGCGCGAGGCUCAGAUUACCAUUGACUUGACAACACCUAUGAAGCCGUUAGAAUUUUUGAAAAUAUCCGGGGACCUCAAGUUGAAUGACAUCAGGGACCUAAAGGGGGCCCUCACGCUCCAGUCCCCCGUCAGCGUUUUCGGAGACGUAAACAUGCUUGCUGAAUACCAAAAACUGGAUCAGUUGGAGCGAUUGCUGCUGUCUGCCAGCGCGGCCGAUUCGAAGUACGAGAUUAGUGCAAGCAGGUCAUUUAACGGCGAUGCUACGACAGAGGCUAGUCUUCAGACUGAGUACUCCCCUAUCAGAAGGAAGAGCUCUAUUCUAAACAUAAACAUCAAGACUGAGAGUUUGAAGGUUAUUACCGGGAGCUUCCUGCUUUCGCACAAUGGACGUGAUCACUCCUUUGCUUUGAGCUUGAAAAAUCAUGGUCCAUAUGAAGGUUCUAUUGAAAUUAACUGUCCCAACUUACCCGGAAACAAGGCAUCUCUCAGUUAUGUAAUAAACGCUCCCACUAAAUACUACGCAGAUUUUAGGGUAUCUGGCCAGUAUGCGCUCAAGACACACGUCAUCGAGGGCAGCUUCGAGAACAAGCUCUCUGACAUAGAAACGCAGCUCAGGCUGACUAGCCCCAGCAUUCGGCAAGGACCUGUGGCAGCACGUCUUCUCCUAUCUCCACAAAGCCGCGACAGCGUCAAGGGUGUGCUCAGCCUGGGAUUCGAACGCGACAUGAACACCGUGAGCGCCGAAGUUAACUGGGACCACCGCAUGGCAAAGGGUAAACUCGACAUUGAAUCCAGCUACCUGCGGGGUCGUACACUGAAGGCUGAAGGCGUUAUCACAACUAGCAGGCAGGGAGCUGAACUCUCCGUCACUCUUGAGAACGCCCGGAACACCCACUUGCUCACUGGAAGCUGGAAGCGGGUUCCUGGAAGCGCCGAUGCACAGCUCCGAAUCGAGACGCCAUUGCUCAGCACCAAGACUUUGACUGGAAGUUUUAACUACAGGAAUGACUUCAGGAGUGGCCGUGUCGAGAGCUCGCUCAUCUUCUCAACACAGCGCCAAAACUUCAACACUUUCGUGGCUAUCUCGGCAAGGGACCUCAGCGCAAUAGAAGGCAACGUGAAAAUCGAAACUCCUUUUGAGGUAUUGCGCUUUGCCGACGUGAACGCCAGGUAUAGCAAUGUACAAAACAGAGCUGUUGACUGGUCCCUUGGCGUUAAGUCGUCGGCAUCUUGGCUACGAAACAUCGAUAUAUCAGGAAAAGUAAGAAGACAGGAAGGAUCUGUAGAAGCCACUCUCCAAGGACGUCUACCCACCAAAAUGUUCUCAAACUUCGAGUCAACUUUUGUAUGCACACACAACGGAGACUUCACCACUACGUCACCUCGCCUAAGCAUACUUCUCCCUGGCAUCACUUACACAAGCGAAGCUAAAAUUCAGCUCUACCCUGGCAACUACUACUUAAGCGCGAGCCACGAGUGGGGACCCCAUCGCAAAGUUCAGGCUACUCUCACUGCGAAAAAGUCAAACGGAGCUUUCAAUGUUCAGGCAGCACUAUCCACACCUUUCCAGAACAUGGAGAGCAUUGAGGCAGGCAUGGCGUGUGGUAGGGACGGCGAAAAACGAACAUUCAAGGCGACAUACAAAGGACCGAGAAACGAGCUGUACGAACUACAGCACGCCCACAGCUACCGCGGAUCAUUCAACUUCUUCUUCGACAACAGCCUUGUAACUCCUCACGACGGCCUCCGUUCCGCACACUUGAAGGUAUUGCAGCAGAGCAGUCGUUCCCGCCUGGUAACUGACAUUCAGUGCAACCUCGAAGCCUUCAAGACCGCCUUGAACGUCGACCACGACCAACGAAACCUGAAAGGCAGCAUCAUGGCUACAUCUAGUGCACCGCAGCUUCGUAUCAUCCAGGCAACGUACGAGUUUAGCUUGUACAAAGUUGAUGGCGCAGUUAACUAUAAUGACGAGCAGGUUCUCAAAAUUGCCGGCACUGCCGAGUAUGUAAAGAGUCUUCGUGCUCACAGGUGCGAACUUGCUCUUAAUGUGCCAGCCCUGCAACUUGCAGUCGAAGGAGGCUACAAGCCCAUCAACUCCGGCCGAGAAUUCAGCGCUAAGUUCAACUCUGCCCGUCGCAGCAUUCAACUGCAGACCCUCUGGCAGAACCACCCCUACAGUCUCGUCCACCAGAUGUCGCUAAAAUGGGGCCAAGGCCGCGGCGAAGAGUUCUCCUACGAUGUCAGAAGUACCCGGAAUACGCGGAGAGACCUCAUCAAUACAGAUGUGUCCUGUAAAGUGAACUUCCCUCUAAGGUCUUUUGAAGUACGUGCCAGCAAGAGCCAGAGAAAGAACUUGAACAACUUAUCCUGUGAGCUCUUCUGGGACGCCGCCCGCGACCAAAGUAAGCACGUGACUUUGACGAUGGAACACCAGAACCUCAGCAGUAGGUCUGCAUGGGCGCACAAGAUGUCUGCCUCUGUCAAGCACCCAAGGCUUAACAAGGACAUCACGAUGCGCCUCGAAGGUUCCCUGAGCGGCGAAGAAGUGCACGGAAAGACCGAGCUCGAGUACUCGCCCGAUGCACGGCACAACGUGAUGCUCGAGGGCCGCAUCAGGAAGCACGGCCGAUCUCACCUGAGCGCCGAGCUUAUCGCUCGCCAGCCCGUGUCCCUGAUGGACAUCAGCACCGCGGCUGAGCUGAAGAAUGGCCGAGACGAGGCAUCGGCGCAGGUCACCAUCAAUUACAUGAACCGCAACCGCCAGAUGAGAGUCCAGGAGCUGAAGGCAUCGAUAUUCAAGCUUCGCCAAGCCAUCGACGUACUUCUCCGAAGCGGACAGGACCGCAACCAGCUCAAGGGUGAAAUGUACGACCGAGGCCAGGAAUUCGGAAUGACCCUGCAGCACCAGCUGAACGAGCUUCCUCCAACCAAGACACACGUGCGUGUUAACAAGAGGCACAGCAACAUGGAGCUCGUGUUCAUGGCAUCUGAUGCAUCGACGGCCAAGAUGUCUGCUACGGCGUCGAUGGACAAACGCGAGAUUAGGCUGUCGCAUACAACACUCGGACGCAGCGUGUCGGACAUUCUCAUCAAGUUGGGCCUCAAAGAGAAGCGUUUCUUGUCCUCCGAGAUCAGCUGGAGGCCUGAACUCGCCAGAGAGGCUUCGAACUACGCCUUGGACCAGUACGGCAGCAUGCGCAAUCAGCUGUACGACAUCUGGCAGAGCUUCAGCGCGGAAACGCAGCAGGAGCUGCGUGCCAAGCGCCUUAUCAUGAGCCAGUCCCUCAGCGCCGAGGUGGCACCGCUUCUGCAGGACAUCACUAGAGACUGGCACGCUCUGCAGUUCGAGGUCAGGAGAGCCGUUGAGACGCUCAAAGAGCUCUACCACUUGGACCAGUUCUACUUGAAGACCUUUGUGAACACCUGCUCUGGAGCCGUUUCUGCGGCCGGGCAAAUGAUCGCCGAUGCCAAUCGCCUUUCCGUUGCCGUGGGCGACUACGUGAUGCGCUACGCUUCCACCUGGAUCACGUGCGCGUGCGAGAAGAUCGCCGACGUCAUGGAGCGCUUCGCCGAGUCGAGCCGCCGGACGCUCAUCUUCGCUGAGCGCCUGCUGAUCGUGUUCAUGAACCGCGCCGCCCUCGCCCUUUCCGACGCCACUGAAUACCUCGUGCACAAGCUGGAGCAGCUGACGAACGCCGCUGCCGAGUACGUGGUCAACUUCUGCGAGCGCUACGGCCCCUCAACGGCCGGUGCCCGUGAGCUCAUGGACAAGGUCAUGGAAGCCAUCUCUUUGUACACAAACCCCUUCGCUCAGCGAAUAAUGAAGAACGCCUUUGUGGAAGGAAUGUGGCGCUACAUUGAGCGCACAAUGGCCACGCUGAACGCGUUUGAAGUCGAAUCUGUGACCAGGGGCUACCGUUACGCCUACGACACCGUGAGCAACGCUGUGGGCGACGUGUACGAAAACGUUGUCUACCACCCGCACGUCCAGUACGUCAGCGAAGUCACCAACAAUGCCAUCCGGAAGAUCCGUGAAGUAAGUGACCGCCUGUGCCUGCAUGACAUGGCGGCCGCUGUGAUUGACAUGGGGGCCAAGCAAAUCCAGGACAGCAUCGUCGAAGGCUUCACGGACGCCAUUCGCGAGUACUCGAACCUGCGUUCGGGGCUGCGAUACGAGUUCGCACCGAAGCGCGGCCUCAUUCUCGCCGAGAUACGGCUGCCUGCUCAGAAGGAGAGCCUGACUCAGGCCUUCGACGUCACUAGCUACCCCGAGUUCGACCGCCUGGUGGCUGCCAAGGACCGCCUCUACGACAUGGGAACCAACUCAUUCUGGGACGCCUACUACCAGUACAGCCAGGCCGCCGACCCACAGGCGUGGGUGCCACCUUUCAAAGCCCGCGCCUUGGUGGCUGGAUCUCAGCAUUACCGCACCUUUGACGGCUUCCACUUCGAGUUUGCUGGCGAGUGCAGUUACCUGCUUGCCAAGGACUUCCUCAAUGACAACUUUGCGGUGGUUAUCAACUACGCUCGCGACGGACAGCGCGUCACUAAGAAGUCCAUCACCGUGAUCGCCGACGGCAGCCGUUUCGACAUCAGCACCGACUACAAGGUCACCAAGGCAGGCAGUAAGAUCGAGCUGCCAGUCCAGGUGGGAGGCACCACCAUCUAUCGCGCGGGUCACGUGAUCGCCGUCGAAAACGACAACGGCCUGAAGAUCAGCUGCAACUUGGCGUACGACCAGUGCGUGACGGAGGUCACCGGAGACUACUUCGGCAAAACUGGCGGUCUUCUGGGAACAUACGACUACGAGGACAAGCUGGACCUCAUGACGCCCGACAGGAAGAUUGUUGACGACACCACGGCGUUCGCCCGCGAAUGGGAAGUAGGCCAGGGACGCUGUCGGAACCAGAGGAACCUCGCUCAGCCAGCGGUUACCCACCCAACAGCGACGGCACUCUGCUCCAAGUACUUCGAGAAAGAAGAGUCCCCACUCCGCAGCUGCUUCAAAAUGGUCGACCCGAAGCCAUACAUGAACAUGUGCCUGCACGACAUGAGCUCUGCCGCCUACAGCGACAUGGAGAAUAAGGUCUGCGUCAGCGCCGCCGCCUACAGGGAAGAAUGCCGCGAGUUCGGAAUUUCCCUGGACAUGCCCCGGACAUGUGUGCGUUGCGCGAAGCCCGACGGUGCGGAGAUGCUGGCUGGCGACAUCGCGACAGUGACGGACCAGGAUUCGCCUGCUUCCACUGCCGACGUCGUAUUCGUGGUGGAGCGCAAGAUGUGCAACAAGAAUGUGAUUCCCAACCUGAUACGCCUGGCCCAGGCCAUCGAGGAGCGGUACGCAGCGCGUGGCUUCGUCGACACUCGGUACGCCGUGGUGGGAUUCGGCGGCGACGGCUUCUACUCGAAACCGCACGUCGUGACGGCCGACGGCCAGAUAUUCAGCAGCAUUCGCGCCCUGGUGUCUGCUUUCGGAAGCCUGACGAUCGGCGACGGUGAGAGUGAUCCACUCGCCGCCGUCGCUUAUGCUGGCCAGCUGCCGGUCAGGAUGGCCUCGGCGCAGACCAUGAUCCUGGUCAAGUGCACCACCUGCAAGCCGGACGAUGACAGCUCCUUGUACGCCGACAUCUACCGCAUGCUGAUCGACCGCGGAGUCCACCUGCACAUCCUAGACGACGACGACUUCAAUGUGCGCACUGCCUCGAAGCCAUCUAAGAGCAAGCGAAUCUUCGGCGUCGACCACCGGCUCGCUUUUACGGUCAAGGACGUCAAGGACAUGCAGGGUGACGCCGAGCUGCACUCCCAGAUCCGGCUGCCCAAGGACUUCUGCGUGCCGCUCGCCCUGGAGAGCAAUGGCACGCUGUUCAGCUCCAUGAAGAUGUUCGACAAGCGCAACAUCAACAAGAAGUUCCUGGAUGUGAUGUCCCGCCGCGUGGCCGUGUCCAGUGCGCCCGACUGCCAGAUCUGCGAAUGCGUCAGCCUCGACGAUGGCGUCGGCCAGUCGCUCUGCUCCCGCUGCGUGUCGCCCACACUGGGACCCGUGCGGUCGCCCGACUUCUCGCCCUCGAUGUACGAGGAAACGGUGGAGCGGAAAACCUACAAGAGGCCAAAGACCAAGAAGCUUCGGCCACAGAACCUGAAAUGAAUGCAUUUUUUUAAAUAACUAAUUAAAUGAAGCGCUACGCCGAGAGAGAGAGACAAAGGGACGUCACGAUUGUGGUGACCAAAGCCUGGAGAAAUUGUAGCUCAUAGAGGCUGGAUUCAUCGCGUUUUAGUUUUUAACAUUAUUCUACGUUGCACAUGCCGCUCAAGGCUCUUUUACAAUAAUGAAUUCAGCCUUUUUCUCUUCUCGAUCUCUACCAGCGCUUCACAUUUAUUGCCACCAGCCCCACCGCGAGAUGUUCAAUGCAAUAAAGAUGUGAAAAAAGAA